AUGCAUAAUGACAAAGUAAAAUUCAUCUAUUUAACUGAAAGAGAUGAUUUUGAUAUAGAUCAUAGGUUUAUAGGCCUUUCAUAUCUUGCUUGCCCAGGUAAAUGUUCAUUACUUGAAUUAUGUUGUUACUAUGGAGCAGUUGAUUGUUUCAAAUUAUUAAGAACGAAAUUUAACUUAGAAAUAACUUAUAUGUGUCAAGAGAUCAUUAGUGAAUGUUUGAAAUAUCAAACACCAGAUGAAGCAUGCAUGAAUUUUGCAAUUAUUUCACACAACAUUGAUUUUGUUACAUUCUUGAUGAACGAAUACAAUAUAACGAUCAAUUUAUAUGAUUGCGGAGCAUAUAAUAAUCUUGAAUCAUUUUUAGUUUUUUUCGAUCAAACUAAUGAUUUUAACAUAUGUUUUAUUUAUUCAGCAUGGUUUGAUAUUCCAUCCUUUUGCGAAUAUUUCCUUUCACAUGGUGCAAAUAUUAAUGAAAAAGAUAAAUUUGGAAGAACGGCUCUUCAUUAUGCAUCACAGAACAAUAAUAUAAAAAUAGUUGAGUAUCUUAUUUCACACGGUGCAAAUAUUAAUGAAAAAGAUAAAGUUGGAAGAACGGCUCUUCAAAAUGCAGCACGUUCUAAUAGAAAAGAAACGGCCAAACUUCUUAUUUCACAUGGUGCAAAUAUCAAUGAAAAAGAUAUAGUUGGGAAAAUCGCUCUUCAUUAUGCAACACUGCAAAAUUAUAAAGAAUUUACCGAACUUCUUAUUUCACAUGGUGCAAAUAUUAAUGAAAAAGAUAGAAUAGGAAAAACCGCUCUUCAUUAUGCAGCAGAAUUUAAUAGAAAAGAAAAUGCCGAACUUCUUAUUUCACAUGGUGCAAAUAUUAAUGAAAAAGAUAGAAUAGGAAAAACCGCUCUUCAUUAUGCAGCAGAAUUUAAUAGAAAAGAAACUGCCGAACUUCUUAUUUCACAUGGUGCAAAUAUUAAUGAAAAAGAUAGAAUAGGAAAAACCGCUCUUCAUUAUGCAGCAGAAUUUAAUAGAAAAGAAACUGCUGAACUUCUUAUUUCACAUGGUGCAAAUAUUAAUGAAAAAGAUGUAAAUAAAUAA